AUGCCAUUCCUUUUUAUAAUCUGUUUGAUACCUUCAAUUCUCGCCUGUGGGCCAGGCCUUCUUUCGGACGGAGGUAAGUUCAAGCUAUGGCAAGAAUCAUAAAAAAUCCACGCUCUGUUUUUUUGCAGAAUAUGUGGUUUCAUUGAAUGGCGUUAAUCUUCCUUUCCCAUUUGUCUAUUCAACUUCAAACAUUGAUGGACUUUCAACAGCAACUUCAUCAGGUCAAGCAAUUCAAAAUAUCAAUAAUUAUUGUCAGGAUCUAAUCGAUGAUUUGAUUCGAACAAGUUUGAAUGAGAUCGCAUAUCCCGCAUAUCUUUUAGAGGCCGCAGUUUCUAGUUUAGAUGUUUCGCUGUCAUCAGAUUAUCAACCUUUGGAAUGCACCUACUUUAACAACUUAUAUGUGCCAGGAACUACGACAACAGUAAAAACUACUGCUGACGAUCCUGUUAGCGCCAAAAACACUUGUCUCUACGACACAUCAAUGGUUGUCACUAAAAUUUGUCAUAAUAAGGUAGAUAUUAUUAGAAAUAUAUGGACUAGAAUUUCAAGAAGAGACUUUCAACUGUUUUAUGAUAAUCAAACUUUUGACAGGGUACUGUAACUUGUACAUCAGCUGAUGCAAUCGCACUCCCAUCCAACGUCUCAAGAAUAAAUUUUGAUUUCACGGUCAGUUAAUCUUAAUCAGUACAACAAAUAGCUCCCUAUUUACAGCCUGGUCUUCUAGCUGCUCAACCACGAACCUUCUGGAAAAAUUUCAGCAACUCUUUGGCUCAAAAAUUGAAAAACGGAGUUUAUUCAACAGCUUUCCAACAAGUUUCGGUCGAUGUAAAAUACAAGAGAAACUGA